CUCAACCGUAUGGCAUUUUCUUGCUUGCGCUUGUAAAAUUUUUGGUUACUUCUCCUUGUUAUAGGUUUUACUUAUUUAUAUACGAUAAGGUAUACAUUCCGGUGUGUGGAUAAAUUUUUAUUUUUACACGUGUGCAUGAAAUACUGCUAAACAUGUAGCCGUGGCAUUCUAUUUUAUAGUGAAUUUGUGAACAUUUUAAUCCAAAAAAAAAAAAAAAAAACAACUAACACAACGUUGAACAUCCAUAUAGAGCGUUACACAGCAAAACAUUGAAACAAUGAACGGGGCCGAGUCUUCUGCCGAUUCGUUACCAGUCAUCGGUCUAGAUUUCAAGCAAGCCAUGAGCGACUUCAAGAUAAUGUUUCCCACGUUGGACGACGACGUGAUCGAAGCGGUUUUGCGUUCAAACAAAGGUAGCGUAGACCCGACGGUCGAUCAACUGUUAAUGAUGAGCAACGAUGGCCGAAUUGAUUUCGAACCAAGUGGUUCAAUGUCUUGCGAUGAUGGCGGUUUGCCAGACGCCAAACCCCAACAUGCUUUCUUUGACCCAAUGUUACCUGAUGUUCUGCACAACCUCAGUAAGAAAGACAGACAGAUAGGCUCAAAACGUUGGAAUCCACCAAUGCUUGGACCUCUACCCAAUGACUUUCUCAGGCUGACAAUAAACUGCAACUCACAAAUUUCAGAGAACGAACUCAAUGAUGAACAUAUAGCUAUUUUAUUACAAAAUGAAGAAUUCCUCAUACAGCUACGUAAUAACGAACAUUUCCUCUCCACACUUCAAAAAGCAGAUAGUCCUCUAGAAGAACAAAGAUUUUUUGUCACGAGUAAUUCAUCAAAUGAUGAUGAUGCAGCAUUUAAAGAAAGGCUGAAAAAUAUGGGAAAAGGUAUGAAAACAAUAAUGGUAAAUAAAUAUUAUCAGAUUUAUUUUGUGGCAAAAUACACAAUCCAUAAUAGUUUCCAGAAAAAAAUUCAUCCAAAUUGCACGUGUAUUCACGGGGAAAAAGAAGAAAAGUACAGCACGUAAUAUACUGAAUCAAGGAGACACUCAUGCAAAAGACAAUUUAUUUCUACACGAAGAAAAACGUUGAUAAAAAUAUUAUAUUUGUUAUUUUGUUUAU